AUGCAUCAGUUAGUUUCGGAACUAAUAACAACACAGACCACAAUGUUCAAGCUGGUGGUGUUGUCUGUCGUGCUCGCCGUGGCGACCGCUAGCCCUAGCGGUAUUUGGGGUGCUGGCUUGGCCGCUCCCCUCGCCGCUGGCUGGGGUGCACCCUGGGCCCAUGCUGGACUCGGCCACGCUCCGUUGGCCGUAGCCGCACCCAUCGCUGCCGUGGCUGGUCCCGUCGGCGCAUACAACUACAGAGGCCCGCUCUCUCUUGCCCCUGGUCAACCCGCCAACAUCCUUGCUGCUGAUGGCAGGCCCCUGGACACCCUAAGCGUAAACUUAGACCGCGCAGUACACUACACCGCCAAGGCAGUCGACGGCCACGGACACUGGCUGAAGAAGAGGUCUGUUGUGGCCGCUCCUUGGGCGGCUGCUCAUUUGGCUGCUGCUCCCGUUGUAGGAGCCUGGGGUCACUCUGCUAGCUGGGUCGCUCCCGCCCCCGUCGCCGUCGCUGCCGCUGCUCCUUGGGGUCUCGCACACGGUGCACGUUUAGCUGCUCCUUGGGGUCUUGGACACGGCGCUCAUGUUGGACACCUUUGGUGAAGCACAACAGUCUAGGACCAUAUUAAUUAAGACAAUAAUAUAAAGAGAGUUACCUACUUA